AUGGCUUUCCCCAGUGGCGGCCAGAUGCCUUCGCAAAUGCCGCAAGGCGAAAUCCCCGGCGCCGCAGCGGCCGGCCUGGGACCCCCGGACCCUGAGAUGAAGGCGAUGACCAACUUCAUGGAGAACUGCUUCACCAAAAGCAUCAUGUCCGGCGUCAUGGGUUUCGGUAUGGGUGGACUGUUUGGCAUGUUCAUGGCAUCUAUGUCCUACGACACCCCCUUCCACACGGCGACGACGGCGGGCCAGACGACGGUGACGCCGAUCGCGGACCUGCCGCUGCGCCAGCAGCUCAAGGUCGGCUUCAAGGACAUGGGCACGCGGUCGUACAGCAUGGCCAAGAACUUUGGCAAGGUCGGCGCGCUGUUCGCCGGCAUCGAGUGCGGCAUCGAGGGCCUGCGGGCCAAGAACGACCUCGGCAACGGCGUCGCGGCGGGGUGCCUGACGGGCGGCAUCCUGGCCAAGAACGCGGGGCCCCAGGCAGCGCUCGGCGGCUGCGUCGCGUUCGCCGCCUUCAGCGCGGCCAUUGACGCCUACAUGCGGCAGCCCAAGGACGAGUAG